AUGCUGCUGCUCGGCCUCACAGGCAGCAUUGCCACGGGUAAAUCUACCGUCUCCCAAAUCCUUGCCUCCCCGCCUUACAAUCUCCCCAUCGUCGACGCCGACAAGAUAGCCCGCCAAGUUGUCGAGCCGGGAACGUCAGGUUACAAAAAGAUCCUCUCCACUUUCGGUCCUUCCACGCCAGAUCUGCUAUUACCUCCUACGCCUGAGAACGGAGGCGAGAAUGGGCAUAGUGGAAAAGGAAGACCAUUGAACAGACCAGCACUGGGAAGAAGGGUAUUCGGCGAAGGCAAAGAUGAGGAUAGAAAAGCAUUGAACAAGAUCGUUCAUCCGGCAGUACGGACGGAAAUGUACAGACAAAUGCUUCUCGCUUAUCUGAAAGGUUCCUGGGCCGUUGUUCUGGAUGUCCCGCUCCUCUUCGAAUCCGGCUGGGAACCUCUCUGUGGCACAAUCCUCGUCGUGGCAGUCUCCGACCCGAAAAUCCAAAUGUCCCGACUUCGAGCACGCGAUUCCUUCCUUACCGAGGAGGACGCCAAGAAUCGUGUUGCGGCGCAGUGGGAUGUCCGGGAUAAGGCGGAGCGUUGUUUGAGGAGGGGGGAGGAGGCUGGGGUGGUGGUUUGGAAUGAUGGGGACAAGGGGGAAUUGAAGAAGCAGAUUGAUGAGGUUAUGGGGAAAGUGAAGAGGGCACAUCCACAGUGGUGGUCGUACCUUUUGCUGUUGUGCCCGCCUCUGGCGGUGCUAAGCGGGGGUUGGUCAUAUGUGAGGAGUUGGUGGAUUAAGAGGGCUUGGGAAAAGGAAAAGACGAGGGAGAAGGCGAAGUUGUGA